AUGCGCCCCCUCACCGAGGAAGAGACCAAGACCCUGUUCGCCAAAUUGGCCAACUACACGGGCGCCUCGCUCAACAACCUCAUUGCGCCCCUCGACGAUGGCGACCGUUAUGUCUUUCGCCUGCAGCGGGAUCGUGUGUACUAUGUUCUCUUGUCGAUAGCAAACUUGGCGACAUCGGUAGGCAGAGACAAGCUCUUGUCUGUUGGCACAUGUCUAGGCAAAUUCAGCAAGACGGGCAAGUUUCGCCUGCACAUCACCAGUCUGCCCGUCCUCGCCGAGCACGCGCGCUACAAGAUCUGGAUUCGGCCAAACGGCACCAUGCCGUUCUUGUACGGCGGCAACAUUGUCAAGGCUCACGUCGGCCGAUGGUCCGACGACUGCCCCGAGCACCAGGGUGUUGUGGUCUACGACAUGAACGACACGCCGCUCGGCUUUGGCGUCACGGCGCGGUCGACGACCGAGGCCCGGAGACUGGACCCUACAGGUGUGGUGUGCUUUAGACAGGCGGACUGCGGAGAGUUCUUGAGAGAUGAGGAUACCCUUUUCGCCAGUUAA